AUGAAGGCCCUGAUAUUCCUGGCUUUGCUUGGAGCUGCAUUUGCUGCAGCUGAGGAUGAUAAGGUUGUUGGAGGGUACGAGUGUCCCAGGCACUCUGUCCCCUACCAGGUGUCCCUGAACGCUGGCUACCACUUCUGCGGAGGCUCCCUCAUCUCCAGCCAGUGGGUAGUGUCGGCUGCUCACUGCUACAUGUCCCGUAUCCAGGUCCGUCUUGGUGAGCACAACAUCGCUGUGAACGAGGGCACCGAGCAGUGGAUUGAUUCUGCCAAGCUGAUCAUGCACCCGCAGUACAACAGCUACAACCUGGACAAUGACAUCAUGCUGAUCAAGCUGAGCCGCCCUGCCGCCCUCAACAGCUACGUCCAGACUGUGUCCCUGCCCUCUCGCUGCCCAGUGGCCGACGAGAACUGCUUGGUGUCCGGAUGGGGCAACAUGUCUGCCAAUGGCAGUAACUUUCCCGACAGGCUGCAGUGUCUGUGGCAGCCCAUCAUAGAUGACAGAAUCUGCAGGAACGCCUACCCCCACCUCCUCACCGACAACAUGGUUUGCUCUGGAUUCAUGCAAGGAGGCGCCAGCAGCUGCCAAGGAGACUCCGGUGGUCCUCUGGUGUGUAAUGGUCAGCUGCAGGGAGUGGUUUCCUGGGGUUAUGACUGCGCUAUGCAAGGACACCCAAGUGUCUACGCCCGUGUGUGCCGCUACAACAGCUGGAUCAGUGCCGUCAUGCGCAGCAACUAA